AUGCGCAAUUGAAAACUAGCUUAUUAACUUUGAUUUAAUCAGUUGCCGGCCGAUCGCGGUCCACUGCAGUUAGAGAACCAAACAACUCAAUGGCAAUGUUCCAAAUGAUUUCGCUGCUUAUAUUUAUUCUCACUAGCAGCCUUGUCGGCAGUCAAACCCCCGACCCAGCCGCCCAACUUGCUUGCACUAAAUUCAAACAGCAUGUUUUCGAGGAACGCGUUGCGAUAAGCUUCUUUUUUGCCGAUGCACCGGUUACUUAUGAGACAGUUGAUUCCUGUCAUGGGUCAAGACCACUGAUUGUGGAUGGCACACCGGCGGAACCCAAGGAAUUUCCGCAUGCAGCUCGCCUCGGCCACCGGGAUGCUAACAACAAAACGAAAUGGUUUUGUGGGGGAACCUUAAUUAGCAAUCGCCUCGUGCUUACUGCCGCCCACUGCUUUUACUCCGAACAUGGUGCGGUCAAUGUUGUGCGUUUGGGUGAGCUGGAGUUUGACACCGAUCAAGAUGAUGCCGAGCCGGAGGACUUCGGCGUGCUGGCGUUGAAGCCCCAUCCACAGUAUAAGAACCCUGAACUCUACAAUGACAUCGGCAUCGUAAAGCUUGAUCGGGAAGUCAAGUUCAACCGGUACAAGCAUCCCGCCUGCUUGCCCUUCGAUGAUGGUGAGCAGCACGAAGCCUUCAUUGCCAUCGGAUGGGGUCAGAAGAAGUUCGCCCAGAAGGAGUCCAAGAAGCUGCUGAAGGUUCAGCUGCAAGGCUAUGGCGACCGAUGUGUAAGCAGCACGGAUGCCAAUGACGAACUGCCGAGAGGCUACGAUGCACCAAGCCAACUGUGCAUCGGAUCCAAGGACAACAGGGAUACUUGCAAUGGUGACUCUGGAGGGCCUCUGCUGGUCUACCACAAGGAUUACCCUUGCAUGUACCACGUUAUGGGCAUCACCUCGGCCGGCAUUGGUUGCUCCACCCCCGACAUUCCAAGUCCCUACACGAGGGUCCACUACUACCUCAACUGGAUUAAAGGCGAGCUGGCUAAGCAGACAACAAGAGAAUAAUUUUUUGAGUUUUGUAUGCUUUGUUUUAGGCCUCUAAUAGAUUCUUAGAAAGCCUUAAGUAUGCAAGAUAUUAAUUAAUUAUUGCAUGCAUUUAUCCAAACCGGUUUGGAUCUUAAACUGAGUUUUACAGGUUUUCAUUUUCUGAGAAUUUUUAUCACUCGCCUGUAAUUUUAAAAAGUCGUGGAAAAUGCUCAGUUUUGUAAUGAUUAAAAUUGUUUAUUGCAUUUUAUAUUUUCCUGUUAGAAAUUUAAAAAGAACGAAACUUUUUUCGCAUUGUUUAACAUUGAAUUUCUGCUUGCAUAACACAUGAGCAUUGAAUAAAAUACAUAAAGUA